GUCGAAACUUAGAAAUUGCACAAUGGUUGUGGGCGUCUUUCCACUGGCGAAACUAGCUUUACUUGCCAUUAAGCACAUUAGCAAGCCCAUUGGCAAUCUGAUCAAGCAAACGGCCAAAAAGAAUAAGUCAUUCAAAACCCUGGUUGUUGCUCCUCCGGCGAGAUGUGAGUACAAUCCGUGGAAUGCCCACCAGUUAUCAUCAUAACCAGUAUAAUGUUCAGUAUACCACGUAAUUGAUGUGCGCUCCAAGAUGUGGAUGCUGGGACUUGGACAACCUCGUCUAAUUCCGCCCCUCACUGACGCGAUGACUAUCCAAAUGGGCGGUGAUAUCCUGGGCGAAAUGGUCAUCUUCAUUAUUGGCGCCACGCUGAUUGUAGGCGAGUUCAAAAGGCAAGCCAAGAAUGACAGGUUGAAGCACGAAAAACACAAGAUGCAUCGGGAGAAGCUGGAGGAAAGAAUUGGUAACCUCACCAACAAGGUCGCCCGCCAGACCAAGGAAAUCAAUCAGCUGAGGAGCAAGCUGGGAAGUAGGGAAACCUAUACGGCAUAUUGCAAUACAGGGGAUUUGGAAUGUAACUGAAUUGGCCUGGAAAUCUCAGUCGCCAGUAUAUUCGUGCUAAAUUUUAUGUAACGCACAAUGGUGAUUGGUAGUUUUCCAGUUGGAAAAAUUUUCAUUCAUGGCGUGAAACGGAUUAGCAAGCCAUUCGGAGACCUUCUGAUUUGGAUGGGCAAGCAUCAUCCCUUUAUACGGCGCUACAUCAUCAUUCCGCCUGCCCAGCUCUACAACACCUUUGAGGUCCGUUCCAAGCUUCGUAUGCUUCGAUUAAAGCAGCCCAGGCGGAUUCCACCCCUCUCCACUCCGGUCGCCACCAGAUUGGGCGCUGAUAUGCUGAGUGAGGCUUUUGUGUUUGGCAUCGGCGCGGGUCUCAUAUACUAUGAGCUUUCAAAAACAUAUACAAAAACCAAAAAACAGAACCAGGAAAUUGAGGAUCAAAAAAGAGUUCUAGAUGAGUGCGUGGACUGUAUCAGUGCAGAUGUGGAACGGAACCAAAGGGAAAUCAACUGGAUUAAGGCAGCUCUAAAAAACGUUGAAAAAUAAGGAUUUAUUUUUGUAUAAUUUUAUUAUGUAAUAAAUAAAUGAGUAAUUUUCAAGUU